AUGGCAACGACUCAGACCCAGCAGCAGCAGAUGCAGCAACUCUAUGCCGAGCUGCUGCUUCUUCACGGGGUUUGUGUGAGCAUCCUCUGGGGAGCAUCGCUGCCUCGUACAAAAGUGAAGAUGCCCCGCUCCCACCUGGUGGAGAGUGCGGCGAAGGUAAUGGACCAUCUGCUGGCGAACAGCCGCAGCAGUGAGGAGCAGCCCGUUCUAGAGGUGGAGUUCGCAGGCGAAGAGGGAGUGGGCCAGGGCCCAACGAACGAAUUUUAUGCAGAGGUGCUUGAGGCGUUGCUAUCAUGGAAGGACCCCGAGUUGUUUUUGAACUGCAGCAGCGGGGGAGGGUUAUUCCCGCGCGCGUACUUAACGGACAUAUCUCUGGUCCCAGUAGAAAUGCUGCGGCGCCCGCGAGCUUCUCCUCUUGUGCAGCAGCAGCAGCGAAGACUCCGCAGAAGAGCCAAUGCUAGCCGGACAGACCGAGCAACCCCCACUGAAGGGGCAGAAGAUAUGGAGGAAGAUGUGGAGCCAUCAAGCAGCAACAACAGCAGCAACAGUGCUGGGGGUUCUCCGCCACCUGAAGCAGCUGCAGCAGCGGGAGCAACUGCAGCAGCAGCAGCAGCAGCAGCAAGUGGCAAGCUGGAGCGCCAGCUAUUCAGCCACUUCCGCCUGCUAGGACAGCUAGCAGCAAAGGCGCUUGUCGAUGGACGCAGCAGCACAACAGACACGGGGCUGCAUGCGCUCUUCUGGGAGGCAGUUGCUCGUCCCUGGCUACACCAGGAAAGGCUGAAGCCCUGCAACUGCAUGAAUGCAGCAGCAAAAACAGAAGCAAAUGCGGAGACAGCAGGAGCAGCAACAGCCGCCGGGCUGCGGUUGGGUGUGUGCAGCUGCGGAUGCACCGCUGCUGCUGUUGCUGCUGUUGCUGCAGUUGAUGGGGCCAUGGGAAGGUCUCUGCAGCAAAUGCUGCAGCACCGAGCAAGUGGAAAUGAAGUGAAGGAUUUGUGUUGUUCCUUCGUUGUACCGCGUGAGUUGCACUCUCCCGCUAGCUGA